AUGACAUUAAUGAAAGAGAAUUUGUGGGGAAUAGUCAAUGGAACGGAGAGAGCCCCUUAUGGAGAUGGUGCUGCUAAGUUCCAGACGCGAAAGGAUCGAGCCUUGGCUACAAUAAUUCUCUCGAUUGAUCCAUCGCUAUUAUAUUUGGUUGGUGAACCUGAUGAUCCUGUGGAAGUUUGGAGAUUGCUCUCAAAUCAUUUUCAGAAGAAAACUUGGGCUAAUCGUUUAGCAUUGAGAUGCAAGCUGCAUUCACUCAGACUGGAGAAAGGACAAUCUGUUCAGGAGCAUAUUAAGUCCAUGACAGAAGUGUUUAGUGAGCUGAGUGUGAUUGGAGAUAAUAUUAGUGAUGAAGACCAUGUACACGUAGUUUAUCUUUUAGCUAGUCUCCCGGAGUCUUUUGACAUGCUAGUCACUGCUUUUGAAGCAAACAGUGAUGUACCAAACUUAGAAACAGUGAUCAAGAAACUCUGA